AUGGUUAGGGCUCAUGAGCGGGAUGAGGACCCAGCAAAGGAGACUGAGAAGGAACCUUCUGAUACCACUGCCCAGUUCUUCCUGUAUGAGGCCCUCUUGGGUCAGCACUUUGAGGCUGCAGAACUGGAAGGGAAUGAGCCAGAACCUGGAGACCUUUUCUUAUUCCGGUUAACAUCACCUGCUGGGCAAUGGCUGGGGGCCCAUGUAGGUGUAUACUGUGGACAUGGGGAAAUCAUCCCCUUUGAAGGCAGGCCUCCCCCAGGGCCCCAGGCUUUCAUGGGUCCCUGGGAGGGCACGGUGUCCAAGCAGGGCCGGCAACAGCUGCUGCGCUCCCGCUCGCUUUGGGGAGUUCUUCGGAAGAAGGGCGGCGUGGACUGCAAGGCACUGACGCGGAGGGUGCAGGAGGCCAUGAACGCAGACGCGCUGCUUUAUCGCCCGACCCACAGCAACUGCGUCCACUUCGCAUUGACCCUCCUCGGUCAGCGGACAGCGCUGCAGGGACUGAGUGUCGUGAGUGAAAGUAACAAGGUGGGAUCCGCUCACCGCUUCGUCUUUCCUCCCCGCCCCUCCAGGGCCUCCAGAGCCGCCCCACUUCCCAGUCCCAUUCCCUGGCGUCCUCAUGGCUGCUAA